AUGCGGCGCGGUAUUCUUCUGCACUUGGCGUCGACGGUGGCAGCACAGUCUGCCGACCUAGCCGGCUAUGUUUUGACAGAUACUGGCUCCGUGGGUGGAGGCAACACGUUCCCCGGGGUUUCGAGGCCCCUGGGCAUGGUCAAGCUAGGGCCCGACCUUGAGAACGGGGUCGAUGCCUACUCUGGAUACCUUCCUGAUGGCCACUUCAUAGGCUUCUCUAUGCUGCACGAGUCCGGUACUGGAGGUGCCCCAAAGUAUGGCGUCGUCAACCAAAUGCCUGUUGUAGGCGACAUCGAGAACCCGUUGAGCCAAAACACCGACACCCGGGCGCAGCCCGACGAGACUGAGGUUGGCCACUACAAAUCGUUUCUCAGCUCUGGAGUCACCGUCGAACUCGGGGCGACAAAAAAAGCCGGCCUCUAUCAGUAUAGUUUCCCUAAAGACAAAGGCUCUUCCAACGUAAUCGUAGACGUAUCCCAUGUCCUGCCAUCGUACAGGGGACAGGGUCUGGGGCAAGAUUAUUUGGGGGGGAAAAUUGAGAUCAAGGAAGGCGAUGACUUUCACUACGAAGGUUACGGAUACUAUGACAACGGCUGGAACCGCGCGGCGAAAUGGCAAGUAUUCUUCUGCGGCUACUUUGAUAGCACGCCGACUUGGAAAACAUUUCUCGGUAAGGACCUCACAUCGACUGAGCUUUCGGAGUACGGCGUAGAGACGACUUAUGAAUCCGAGACCCAGCGGCUGGGAGCCAUCUUCACUUUCGAAGACACUGCCGUUAAGUCGAGGGUCGGAGUCUCAUUCAUCUCCGAGUCCCAAGCUUGCAGCAAUGUAAAUACGGAGAUACCCGCAGACAAGAGUCUGGCUUCUGUGAGGCAAGACACUCGGGAUGCGUGGAACACGGAGGUGCUCUCCAAAGUCAGGACAUCCGACACGAACACGACAAAGCUCACCCAGCUGUACACGGCCCUGUACUUCAUGAACCUGCUUCCGACCAACAAGACAGGCGAGAACCCCCUUUGGAACUCCGAGGAGCCGUACUAUGAUGACAUCUUUACGUUCUGGGAUACUUUCCGUUGCACCACUUCGCUCCUUCAUGUCCUCCAACCCGAGGCUUAUGAAGAAUUCAUCCGUUCCAUGAUUGACAUCUGGCGCCAUGAGGGCUACGUCUCCGACGCCCGCUCCUCUUUCUUCAACGGUGCCGUACAAGGUGGCUCCAACAGCGACAACGUCCUCGCCGACGCGUACGUAAAGGGCGUCCGCGGCAAGGUCGACUGGAAUGACGGUUUGUCUGCCAUGCUCAAGAACGGAGAAAUCACCCCACCGAACAACAACGAUCCUCGUGACCGCUCCAGCUCGACCAAGGAAGGCCGCGGCGCACUCCCGGACUGGCUAGAGUAUGGGUACAUUACCCCGACGUUUGCUCGCGCUGUUACUCGCGCCGUGGAGUACUCAACAAACGACUUUGCCAUCUACCAGGUGUCCAAGGGCCUCGGUCUGACGGAUACUGCAGACAAGUACCUCAAGCGCUCUCGCUACUGGCGUAACCAUUGGAACGAGAACAUGGAGGCUCUUGGCUUCAAGGGCUUCAUGGGCCCCCGCAACUCGGACGGGAGCUUUCCGUCACAGGACCCCCUUGACUGCGGUGGUUGCUACUGGGCGGAGGCAUACUAUCAAGCUACGCCCUGGGAGUACUCGUUUAACGCGCACCAUGAUGCCGCACACAUGAUCGAGCUUGUCGGCGGAGCGCAAAACUACUCUGACAGGCUCGAAAAAACCUUCGAACCGGGACAGUACAAGGGCAACGGCCAAUUCGGCAACACAAUUUUCAACCCAGGCAACGAGCCUAGCUUUGGCACGCCGUACCUAUUCAACUUUGUUAAUAAGCAGCACCUCAGUGUUGAACGUUCGCGUUUCGUCGCCAAAUCCUACUACAAGCCCGCCCCCAACGGCUUGCCCGGAAACUCCGAUGCUGGAGCUAUGGAGUCGUGGCUGCUUUGGAAUAUGAUCGGCCUGUAUCCCUUGACAGGACAGACGACGUUCCUCGUUGGCUCUCCCUGGUUCUCAGACCUGACUAUGUUGCUCGGCGGCGGCCGUGAGCUCAACAUCACGUCGACGGGCGGGUCCGAGGAGUCGUUCUACGUGCAAUCAUUGCGCGUCAACGGUGAGGAAUGGGACAAGUCUUGGGUGACAUGGAACGAUCUCUUCGCUGAAGGAGGCUCGCUUGAAUUCGAGCUGGGGACACAGCCCAAGGAGUGGGCGACGGGAGAGCUGCCCCCGAGUCCGGCUAGUGUGGACUCGCCGAGCUCCAGUUCGAGGUUGACACAGCAGCGGCGAAGGCGUUGGUGGCGUCGCGGUGAAGAUGCCAUUGGAUGGUAG